GCUGAUGAAAGUGAAAGUGCCGCGGCCGCCGUGCCGCCGCUCUAGCCACCUCCUCCUCCUCCUCGACUUUGGCUUGGUUGGGUUCACCUUCAAGCGCACGCUUGGCGGAGCGAGGUGGCGCCGAGCAGAGACUCCGCAGGAGAGCGCAGCAUGAACGGAGGGGUGGACUAUCUGCUGUCGGAGGAAGUGAUCCAUCUCUCCCGAGGACCUUCAGGCUUGGGAUUUAAUAUUGUUGGCGGGACUGAUCAGCAGUAUAUUGCCAAUGAUAGCGGCAUCUACGUUAGCCGGAUCAAAGAAAAUGGAGCUGCUGCACUUGAUGGCCGCCUUCAGGAAGGAGACAAGAUUUUAGCAGUUAAUGAUAAGGAGUUGAAGAACAUGCUACACAAGAAUGUUGUGGAACUUUUCAGGACAGCUGGUGACAAUGUAUCAUUAAAGGUCCAGCACAGGCUACUGCCCCAGAAUGGUCCCUCAAGCCGAGGAGAUGGAGAUCCGGGAGGCGUUCCUUUGGCUAUGAUUUUGGUUCCAGGGCUGGCCAUAGCAGCAGCAGCAGCAGCUCUAGUAUGGGCCUUCCUUAGAUAUCGACAGAGGGUGUGAUGAGCAUCAUUUUCCAAAGAUCUUGGUGUCUAGGAAAACCUAUAUAUCUGUAAAAUAAUUUAAACAGAAGAAAUCAGCAAUCUUACUCUGGACUGACACAGGGAGAGGAGUAAUAGAGAAUCAUUGGUCACUGCAGCCUUCCCCAACUUGGUGCCUUUCAGAAGGUGUUGGAUUACAACGCCCAUUAUUUCCAACCUGGCGGGUAUCACUUUGGGAAAGGCUGGAAAACACUAAACAUUUUGGCUCCUUUAAGGAGUUUCAAAUUUCAUACACUUAGAACCUGAAAACUGAUGAGCUGGACAAUCUGACUCCACUGGCCCUGAAGAAAAUUGGUCCGGUCUUUUCUGAUUUAUUUUUUUAUCAUGCAAGUUUUCCUCUGCUCAAAUUUUUUUCCCCACCUGUAGCUAAGCAAUGGGGCAGAGCAUGUACGUUGUGUCCCCUGACAGAUGUGAUAAGACAAGGUAUCUGUUUUGCCACUUGCGAAACUGCUUUUGAAACAUGAAGGAAACUUCCGGAGCAAUUGCAGCAUAGUUAUGCUUUGAUGUGGGGAGGAUUGGGUCUCGGGUGGAGCGAAAUGUCCUUGAAAAUGCAAAAAAGCAGGUUUUCCUGAUCAGAAGGAAUAUUGUAGAUUGCAAUUCAGAAUCGAGUGUGAAAUUGAAAAAGGUAUUGGAUUUUUUAAAAAAAAUACAGAUUUAUCUUUGUUCCCGCCCUAUGUUUUCUCAGAAGAAUAUUGUCCGUAAUAAUGAGAGAUGAAAGUGAUAAUGAAAACAUCUUUUGUUAACGAGUAGAAUAUUUUGGCAGGGCAGGCUAAAUAUUAUUUAAAUCAGAAGUCUUCAAACUUGGCCGCUUUAAGACUUGUGGACUUCAACUCCUAGAAUUCUCCAGAAUUCUGGGAGUUGAAGUCCACAAGUCUUAAAGCGGCCAAGUUUGAAGACCUCUGAUUUAAAUUAUGGCUCAACAUAAUUGUAUUUUUGUAGUGGUUCUCUAGCUGAAAAGACAGAACAUUUCCUCAAACCUGAACAUGGAAAGAUGAUGCGUUGUCCCUUUCGACUCUCUAAGAAUAGAUAAUUUCAAGUAUUGUGUACAAUGGAUGGUUUAUUUUGAACAAUUGGGUAGAAUGCAUUGCUUUUAUCUGUGGGUUGAAAACUGUCAUUGGAAAGUAGACCCUUGCAGAGUUUCCUUCCACAUAACUUGUUUCAGGUUGGGUAGUCAAACAUAUUUUUUUUCUUAAAUUGCUAAAGUGCCAGAUAGCUCUUUCCAGUGAAAAGCAAUAUGUGUUCAUGAUAGCUGUUUUGUUUUGUUGUGUUUUGUUUGGAGAGUGUGAACUACACCUAUGGAAUUCUCCAGCCAUGCAACAAGGCAGCAGUGUUUAUAUAAACCCAAAGUCUGUGAAAUGAUGACAAGGUGCUUGAAAGCAAAGCUACAAUGCCUUCACUUUCUAGAUGGCAAACCCUUGUUUGUUGACUGUAUCAUAGAGGUGAAUGAUUUAAACUCCUUAAAGCAGGGGUCUCCAACCUUGGCAACUUUUAAGACUUGUGGACUUCAACUCCCGGAAUCCCUCAGCCAGCAAAGCUGGCUGAGGAAUUCUGGGAGUUGAAGUCCACAAGUCUUAAAGUUGCCAAGGUUGGAGACCCCUGCCUUAAAGUAUCGUUAAUUUUAUUUUUGAAACGGAAACUGUUUUUGUACUUUGCAAAGAAAAUUGAUGUAUGAGAAACGCAUAAUGCCAAAAAAUGUAUGUGCAGUACUUCUUGAAACUUUAAUCUGUGCUGAAUGGGUUUUGUUUUUUUCCCAACUUUUAAAAUUUCUAAUAUUUCUAUACAAGAGAAUACUUGAGAUAUGCUGGUGUGUGCCUAUUGUAUUUUCCCCUUUCUAUCCCUUUAGCACAGUGAAAGGAGCCUGUCCUUCCUCCAGUUAUAUUUACCUGGAAUGUGCCCAGCCUUUCCUGAGAUAGAAAAUAGUCAUUCCUUAUUGGGAACCCUAUUCCAGUAAUGAGGACCUGGCCACACCAGUGAAACCUCUCCAAUUUGGGGGGGGGGGGGAUUAUUAGGAUUAUUAUGACUGAAAAGGCAAUUUCCACAAGUAUGGUACAAUCGCAAGAGUAUAAUUUUGUGGACACAUGCAAACUGGGAACUCUGAUAACAGAGACGGUUCGUGUGCAAGGAAGUAUUAUAGUAUUGUGGCUCUUCUGUGAUACAGAUAAUCCUCGAUUUAUGUUCCCUUACAAUAGGGAUCGGAAUGUCUGUUACCAAGGUGUUCUUAAGUGAGUCAUGUCUGAUUUUACAACCUUUUUUUUUUUUGCCACAUUUAAGUGAAUCACCCUUAAGCAAACUUGACUUCCUUCUUUGACUUUGCUUAUCGGAAGCGAGAGGAGGUUGCAAAUAGAAAUCAUGUGUCCCCUGGGAUGCUAUAACAAUUGUAAAGUGUGAUGAUCGGUCGUAAGUGACUUUUUUCAGUGCUGUUAUCACUUCAAGUGGUCACUAAACAAAUACUUGUAAGUCAGUGACUACCUAUAUUUAUUAGGUCAAACUAAUUUGGUUACGGUCACAGAAUUUUACUGACUUCAAGUGCUGUCCACAAAGCAUCACAUUCGGGUAGAGCUUUCUGACUAAAUGUUAUUACAAUAAAACCAUUAUCAAAUGUU